AUGAUCUUCCAAGAUCAUGCAAGAUCUUCAACCAGACUGACUGGUGUAGAUGAUGACACACUGACUGGUGAAGAUGAUGACACACUGACUGGUGUAGAUAAUGAUACACUGACUGGUGUAGAUGAUGACACACUGACUGGUGUAGAUGAUGGUCAACACACUGACUGGUGUAGAUGAUGACACACUGACUGGUGUACACACGUAAAAAUUUCACAUCUUGUAACAAGUCUGCCAACAAGUCGUCAACAAGUUGUGCUCGCACUGCUUGUCCCAAGUUGUCAACAAAUUUGGAACAAGCUGUUAACAAUGGUUUGAUGGUAUUAGCAAACUUGUUGCAAGGUUGUUCCAACAAGUCCGAUACAGUCAUGAUAUAACAAUAUUGUUACAACUUUGUGUCGUCAAACUUUUAACAUUUUUGUUAUAUCAUGACUGUAUCAGACCUGUUAGAACAGUCUUGUAACGAGUCUAAUAAUGCCAUCAAAUAUAUUGCCACUAUUCCGUACGUCAAAGGCACGUCAGAAAGAAUUGCAUGAGAGAAUUUCAAGACCCUAUAACAUCUCGGUGGCGCAUAAACCUUCAACAACUUUACGGGACGUGCUACUGAAGUUAAAGAUCCAACACCAAAUAAUUCUCAAUUAGGAGCAGUCUACAGCAUAACAUGUGCUGAAUAUGCCCUCCUAGCUAUUUUGGUGAACCUGGAAGAAUAUAGAAUGUAGAAUUAAAGAACAUAAUGCUGUUUGGCAAAUAAAGAUACAAGUAACAGAAUAGCAGUUCACCAUAUGACCACCAAAGUGACCAAACACCAAAUGGACUGGGAAGGAGCUACAUGUUUGGAAUUCACAUCAAAUUUAAACCAGAGAAUGUUUUAGAAAGCUGGUAUACGAAGAGUGAAAAGAAUAGCAUUAAUGGAUGCCGCCUAUGCCAGGCGCGACUACCUUAGUUUAAUUGGAAAUAAGCGCGAGCACAUGCACGCAGAAUCUCAAAACAACCAUGCAACCAGCUGACGCAUGCAAGAUGAACAUUAGUAAUAGUACCGUCACGUCUUUGAAAAUGGUUUUCGUAGAGGAAACCGAAACGUUAGAUGAAAUAAAACAUUUUGUUUAAAUAUAAUCUAGAUGAACAAUAAAAGUAAAUGAGUAAACCUGGAUUCAAACCCUUCAAUGGAUCAUUUGCAUUGCACACUCUCUCUAUUGACAUCACAUUAAGUGUUUUUCUGUGUUUGACAUCAUUAUGAAAAAGGUCCAUUAGAUUGGUCAUUGCAUGUUCUAUAAAUUGACUUGGUUCGCUGUCUGAAUUAGGUGUGUCAAAGGCAUGCUAAAUGCUCAUAGCACGAUUAAGCGCAUAUCCUUGAUUAAACCAUUGCGCCAGCAACAAACCAAAUUAUACUAUAAUUGCAUAUAAUUCAUCUCUAGCUCUACCCUAAAUUAGUUUGCUCACAUGUACAUCACAUAUCAAUCAGAAUGUGUUCUAUAAUGUGUCUGACCAUGUCCUUCAAGAUGUUCAAAGUGAAAAUGUCCAUUCAAGUGAAACAUUUUUAAAUAUGUCGCCCAGACACCAAGCAAAUCAGCCCGUAGAUAUAUGGUAGGAAAAAAAUAGGGGGGUAAACAAAAAUUUGCUGAACAUUCAUGGAAAUUGCCCAACCAAAACAAAAAAUUAGAGUUAUGACAUUUUCCCAAUGUUACAUAUAUUUCUUCCAUGUGAUAUUUUAAUAGCAUGUUGUGCUUCCUGUAGAAUUGCCUGAUGUUUAAGUGGAAUUGCCCGAUAUUUAAGUAGAAUCUACUUGAUUUAAAAAUAAUUGUGGCUGCAACUCCUUUCCACCCCCAGCCCCACCCCCUCCCCACUUGUACGCUUAUGAAUCAGUUUACUGUAGAAUAUACUACAUACAAUGGAUCCCCAUGUUUGAGAUAUCAUGAUCCUAUCCCAAAAUAUUGAUAUUUUUUAUCUUUCAUGUCCAGCCAAGUGACAAAGGAACAGUAAGUAAACUUUUGGUAGAUUUUAGCAUAUGUAUAAUUAGUAUUGAAUUAAAAUAGUACAUGACAUCAGGAUGUAAUUACAGGGUACGAUAAUUCGCGUACUUACAUGCCAAUAUUACGGUCUGGUACUUCUUUGUUUUCAACCACGUGCCACGUAGGUACGGAUCGGAACUCUUGCUAUCUGUGUACUUACUUUUUGAUGGUAUCACAUGACCUUUCCUAGCCCAAGGUGUUCAAUACCAUAAUUUAGUUGCCAUAUGUGUAAGUCUGAUGAUGGCACUAAGUAAUGUUGGAGUCCAUUGUUUGUAUAUGUAAUUGUGCUACUUGUUCUAUCUCGUAGUUGGAACAUACUUUUAGAAUCCUGUGCUUUAUAUAUUUUAUUUUAAAGACUAAGUACACAUUGAGUAUCGAGUUUGUACUAGCGUAAGUACACUGCAAUGGUGAAUGGUCAUUGGCGCACCAGUCAGGUCCGACUAAAAAUCUUAAAUUAUCGAACCCUGGUAAUUAUAUACAGCGACAAUAAAAAGUUCAGAGUUAUAUGUCGUUUUCCUGGCAGUUACGAUUAGCUUGCAAUUUCCCAAUUUAGAUCUGCAAAAAAAUAAACAUAACUAUUAUAUAAAAGAAUUAAAAAUUAAAUAAGAUUGUCAACUUUGCUCAAAAAGAAUUAACAACCAGAUAAGUGUUGUGAAGAUGUCUAGCUUAAAAUACAUUUGUCUCAGGCUUUAUUGACUAUUUGCUCAUGGAGAAAACUGGUGCAUAGGGAGAAAACCUGCAGUGGUGGGUAGAGUCAAACUGGAAGCACUUUUCUUAAUUUCUCACAAUUAUAUGGUAUGCAGGCAAAAUUAUCAGAAAGUUGUGUAUAAUGUAUCCCCACUGAACUACCACAUAUGUUGGUACAUUCAUGCAGUAUACUGUACUUUAUUUAAACAUGCUUACUUAGAUACCUAUUCAUUUUUACAAUUAAAGCUACCUGUAAAGCAUUGAGAUAUUCUGCCACUAUGCAAACACAACAUGCAACAAGUUUCUUCCUUUCUUCCUAGUUUCUUCUUUCACUUCAAAAAUUGGAUUGAUUUCUCACUGAUUUCUUUCCAAACCUCCCACCCUGAUAUUAAAAUUCACCCUUUUCCAUCUUUAGAAAAGUGGGAGAGCACCUGUGGGCUGGCCCAGUGCUACCCUGAAUCCUGCAGCCGCCUCAGGAUUCCUGCAAUGUGCAGUUGUCUUAUUAUAAUUUCGCCGCAUAGGCCUAUAUGAGAAGAAUGCUUCCAGUUUAAAUGGUUGCCUUCACUGUAACUCUCCGGAUAACAAUUUUAAACACAAAUUCAAUAUUGUGAAAGCUACAUGGACCUGUAGGUUAAGUCCAAAAUGUUGUGAGACGACGUUUUAAUUUAAGGACCGUGUAGUUAAAUACAGAAAUAUAUGCAUAUUUCAUAACACGAUUUUUAACUCCCGUCUUUGCAACCUUUCAAUUCAUUCCAUAUGGAUAAUUUUCACACUAGAUCAAUGAUAUUCCAGUACUCCGUGUGGCCAGACGUGGUGCGAUUGCUGUCCACGUGGUAGAAAAAGCCAUUCCUGUAGAUGCGGUUGUUAGUUUGAAAGUAGACUGGACCAGACGUUUUGACCACAUGCAACAGCAUUCAGGUAGGUAGGAGUAUUUCACUAUUAUAUUGCCCUGUGUGGACAGUUGACCUACACUUUCUAGUUAAAGCUACGUUUACACACAACAAUAAAUCGGGCCGAUUUCAGGUUUUUUGCGAAUGUUAAUGAUUGACAAAUGUUGUCAGUUGACUGCGUAUUUUUCUAAUAUCAUUUAAUUAAAGCCGAAUCGGCCCGAUUAAUCGUUGUGUGCAAACGUACCUUAAGACAAAACUCAUAGUUACUGGAAUGCAUUGGGGCGAAGCGAUUGCGGUGCCCAAACGAAGUUUGGAAUCGCUUUAUAAUCGCUGUGUGAGUUUGUUAAUCUGUUAUUUUGUUAAAUCUUGGUGUCUAUUCAAAAUUAGUAUAAUUUCAGUAUUGAAAAAUCGCCUUUGAGCAUUCUGAUUCGCUCCCUCAGCAGUUUCUCUGAGGCAGUAACUCUCAAACUGUUCUGACCAGUAACUAUUGCUUUUCCCAAAAGAAUAACUGAAAAUCAGACGGAAGUAAAUUAUUUAUGCAAAUUAUUUCAUAAAAUAAACACGUGUAUUAGUUGUAUUUAGAAAUAAAACUUUUUCAAUACUGAAAUUAUAUACUAAAACAAUUAGUCGCCUCAGGUUCGGUGAUCACAAGCCUAUAUCGAAGGCGAAGUGAAUAUAGGCUUGUAAUCACCUCGCCUUCAGCGACCAAUUGUUAAACAGCAUGUCCCCGCGCUUGUGGUGCACUUGUUUUGCGCAUGUUCCAGGGGACCGCACUGUGGUACUAUGUCUGUUUUUUUAUACCAGAAUGGUAUAAAAAACAUUUUCACCUAUUUGCCUCAUGACCAGUUUACUAGUUUUGAGCGAAAUGGUGGUACAAUGGAACCUCCAUAGAACGUACACCUUUGGACCAUUGGAGGUUUCCGCUGAUGUUCAGUGCACUUGGUCAACCGUCGUACCCCAAGCCAUGACCAAACCCCAAAUCUGGUUCCAUCCAUUGUCCUUUGUUUGCGGUUAUUUGUUGUUUAGAAGAUUUUGAGUAAAUCACGCAUUUUAAGUAAUACAUUCGGGACUAAUUGAACUUACCGUCCGUUGUACUGUAGAGGUGUCAGUUAAACAGUGUUUCACUAUACAGGGUGUAUCAAAAAAAAACGCAACCUCGGAAUUUCCUAAGAAAUCACGGUGCAAUUCUUAAGCAUAAAAGAUUUUAGGCCGCUGGGAAUUGAAAUCGAAUUGCUAAUUGAUCAUAUUACUGUUGUUGUGCAUUAAAUAAAUGCAUAAAUUUUGCUUUAUGCACUCGCGUGUGCAGUAAUUUUGACAGUUGUGCUAUUUUAAAUUCCCAGGCGCCUAUAAUCUUUUGUCUUUAAAACAAUGUCGAUUUCUUGGGAAAUUCCGAGGUUGCGCUUUUUUUGAUACACCCUGUAUGUGCAUAUAUUGUUUUUGUUUUAGGGCAGCAUCUUAUAACUGCAAUUAUCGACAAAAAUUAUGGAUACAAAACACUGUCAUGGUAUGUAAGCAAACGUUUUCAUGAUUUUCCCAACACUACAACACCACAACCCCUGGGCUGGGGAAUACAGUAGAAUUCCGCUAUCUCGAACGAAUUUUUAGGGACGGACCAUUAGAAAAGUGAUGGGGGGGGGGGCAAAACCAAAGAUUAGUGCUGAUUAUGAUACGACGAGCUUGGUAUGCCUGAAGAAAACAAACAAGAAUUAUCUGACGCCAUGUACGGGAUGUGUGGUUCCUUGGGUCUUACAGAUUACACGAAGUCCUUGACUUACGACGAGAUAGUGCAGUCUUGGAUUGAUAACGUGGAGAAGGGAGGUGGCUUUGCGACCGUUGUUUACGAUAAGAUAUUUCGAAUUAUUGACACAGACAGAAAUGGAAAUUUAUUCCCAGAAAAAAAUUAGGAAAAAAAAAUCUUCCCAGGCAUAGUGCAAAAAAACAAAAUUCCUAGCUUGGAAGAUGGGCCUAUAAAUUUCACUUAAAAAAAAUUAUUUCCAACCAUCAAGUGAGAAAAAAAAUUUCUUCUAUAGGUAUACAAAAAAAUAUAUAUUGCCUCUUAGAAAAUCCCCCCCCCCCAUCACUUUUCUAAUGGUCCGUCCCUUAUUGACUGAAACUUAUCUAGUUAUUUUGAACUCUAAUGACGAUGAUGACUGAUAAACAUCAGAAAAUGUCCGAACACAACUGAAUAUCAUAUAUAGGGUACUAUACAAUAUUUAGAAUUGAAUAUAACUUAAAUUCAUAUCAGAUACUUCAGUUAGAAUAUAUAAAUCUAUUUUGUGUUGUAUGUUCAAUGAAUGGUUUGUUUUGAAUUCCUCAUGGUGAUGGUUCUCUCAGUUACAGUAUGUGUAUAACAACUCUUCAAUGAAUGGUUUGUUUUCCUGGCGAUUAAAUUAUGGUCACUUAAUUGGCUGUUCAGCAUGUGGCCACGCGAAAAAGUAAAAAUUCCCAUUUUACUGAGUGUAAUGGAACGUGUUUCAUUGUACUGUACGUUUGGUUCCAUUGCGCUGUUUGGUUUUCGGCUGUCGCCUCGUGGAAUGAAAAAUCCCAUCUUUCAUCUCGUGGCAACAUUUUACAUUUGGUCUAAAAAUUCCACCUAAAAAUCCUAUCUAGUAUAAUAAAAGAUACACUCUCUUAACUUAAUAUACCUACAGCGCAAUUGUUAAAUAAAACUAUUGGAUUUCACAAAUAAAAGUCGUAUCGGUGGGUCAUACUGGAUCAACCACGUCAAUUUAAUUUAAUUGUAAUUCGAUUUUUUCCCUUGGCUUUUCGAGAUAGCAUGGCUUUACUAUGAAUGUGUGUGCCAGAUCAAAACUGAUGACCAUGCAAGUGUUAUUUAAAUAUAGGGAACUUGGUAAAACAAAGACAGCGAUAGAUCUUGGUUGUUCAAGUUUAACACCAGAUCAACUUUCAGAGAUCGAAGAGGAAUGUAAUAUGGCUAUUAGAAAUCACACCAAUGUUACAGUACAUGUCUAUGAAUCAGCAAAGGAUCCUGAACUACAGCAAGUAAGAUCAAUUACGAAAUUUACGAGAAAUACUUUAUUGAGAAUUGUGAGUAAAACAAUUUUGAUGAAAUUACAAGACAUAUGACAUAUUAGAGCACAUAUGUCUGUGAAUCAGCAAAUGAUCCAGAAUUACAGCAACCACCGACAGCCUUUCCUCUAAUUCUACUUGAAUUCUCUGUGAAAGGCGAUAACAAAAAUAACUUUAGUUUUUGAUUUGGUCGAAAAAACUUAUCAACCAACUCCAGGCAUCAUUAACAAACAGUCACCAAUGCAGUUUCUUCAAUGCCUUUGAUUCUUGCAGGUUCGCACUCGCGGUUUGCCAGAUGACCAUGUUGGCCAAGUUCGCGUUGUAGAGAUAGAAGGUUGGAGUUGAUGCUAAUUGCUAUAUGUUUUUAAUUCAAUUUCUAAUUUAUGUUUUUCGCUCUCAACACUCACUACUGAACACCUGUGGCGAAGUCAGCCCGACAAUUUGGUCAUGCUAUGCAAAUAUUUCCUAGCCCGCGUACAGGCCCAAGGGAAGAAUAGUGGGCCUGCAAGCAAGGCCAGGUAUUUUGUAAAACACCCCUUUUCAUAACACGCCCCAUUCGCGCGUCAAUUGUCAAAAAAGAACCAAUGGCAGCAACCCAAAUAGUAACAAACAAACUCGCAUUAAAAUGUUGCGGGAUUUUCUCUGCUUUAAUAUUCAAAAUAGAUACAAUGUGUAAAUGGCUGUGUUAUAACUCCAAAAAAGCAAGCAACGCAGUCAGUAAUUGCCAAAUUUGUAAGUGCUCAUUUUCAACUAAAGUCGGAACAGGCAAAUUAGGACGAAUUUCAACAGAAAACGAGCCUCAAACUUCAAAUCGUGAGGGAAGUCGUGCGACCAAUUAGCAUUGUGUGCUUCGUUGUCGCCACUGUUAUAAAUAAAUUGUCUCACUUCUUCUCACAUCGUGUGUGCAAUUCUUGUUGGCGGCGGAAAGUACGAAAUUUUUUUCUGUUAUUUCAUUUGGUAAAGAACUCUACAAAAGAAGAGAGCGUUCAGAGUCCAGAUCGUUUCGUUUCAAACGGCAAUUACCGUCUUCUGUUUCGCUCUCUCAGCGAAGCCUUGCAAAUCGCAAAGUGUUUUGAAUAGGCUUACAUGCAACUGCCUCUAAAUCUUCACCGCGAAAAGCGCUGUUUUCUUCAGUGCAAGAACAGAGUCAACAUCAACCAAAAGAUAAUUUUCUUGAAGAACAUAUAACGUAUCAAGUCUGUUUGAAAUUAAUGAAACUCAAGUAAAGGUUAAUACUAUAGUUUACCCCAGUUGCAAUGUUGCUAUUCCAACACUUCACGACAAGCAAUCCCCAUUCGCAAUAACGGCAAAAACAUCUCUUCCUUCAAGUAAACAAUAAACAGUCUGUUCUUGUUCCAUUUUUAAUCGAAAAAAGUGAUCAAUUUUCGAAUUUUAAGCUUAUCGAGAGCCUUUGUGAUGAAUCACUGAUCUAAUUAUAGAAUCCAACAGCAAACAGCCGAUCAGAAUGCCGCGUUCGUGGGCGAACGCGGAAAGUACAAAAUACUGGGCCUUGUUUGCAGGCCCACUAUUCUUCCCUUGGGCCUGCACGCGGGCUAAAUAUUUCCGUGUUCAUAGAUCGUGAAAACAAUUAUAAUUUCUAAAUGAAUUAAUGAUGAUUUAAAAUUUGCAUAGCAUAAAAUUGUCAGGAUGCCUUCACCACUGCUGAACACCUACUGACCUAGUUUGUUUCAAAACACCACCGUUGUUUCAAAAUUCAUUCAUAUACGUGCACUUAUCACCCUGUUCUUGUUUUACGUUUCCAGGUCUCGAAAUGAAUAUGUGCUGUGGUACACAUGUUCGUAAUCUGAGUGAUUUACAGGUAAUACACUUUCUUGAACUAAACUAAACGAAACUUACUUCAUCAGUUCUAACCAGUUCUCCCGAAAGGUCCAGUGAGUCUAUCCCUUAAUCGUCCAUUGUAACUACAGAAGAAAAGAAACUGGAAGCGUUCUGGACCUUGAAAUAACGGUCGGACAUUCGGCAUGUGUGUGUAUAGGCUCGGAUCCCAGUCGCUAGAGUUCUCGGCAAUCCGAGCCCAUGUGAACAAAGCCCUCUAUCAAGUACCUCUAUUUCCUUAUUGCCUUGUAGUAAUGAAGAGUCUAAUUGUGACGUAGCCUUAGUAUCUCUGUUUCCAUAUUGCCUUACGGUAAUGAAGAGUCUAAUUGUAAAUGUUUUAGAUGAUAAAACUUCUUCAUACUGAGCCGACAAAAGGAUUGCUUCGAUUGUUUUUCCUGGCUGGAAAAAGAGUUUUGGAUUUUACCCAUAAAGCCUUGGAUAACGAAAAAGGCCUUACAAAGAUUUUAAGGUUGGUCGGUAAUUUCUUAAUUAUUAAUCUUUGAGUAACUGACCUGGAGCAAACAAUUCUACACGGUUAAAAACGCACAGGUUGUUCCAAGUUGAUUCAACAGGCGUGAACAAUGUUGUGCGGCCAACUAUGAACAAGUAAUUGUCAACCAUGUUCUUCCAAGUUGUUACAGUUGAACAAUGCUGUAACAACAUGUUGACAAUACUGUUCAUAGUGGGCCGCACAAUCUUGUUCACGCCUGUUGAUAUCAACCUGGAACAAGUUGUUGAUUUUCUCAAUUUUUACGCGUGUAGUCUGCAAACCUUUGAAUAAUUGUUAAUUGUUUUCUCUGUAGUUGUGGUCCUGACGAACAUGUUACGAUGGUUGAUAAAUUACAGAAGUCACUGAAAGCCGCCAAUAAGGUCAGUCUUGGUUAUUCAAUAUACCCGUAUAGAACAAAUUUUGGGUGUCCAGGGUUCGUAGCGGUCUUUGAAAUCCUUGAAAGUCUUUAAAUUUGAAUACAGGUCUUUAAGGUCUUUGAAAAGUCUUUGAAUUGUGUGAAAAAGCGAAGAAAAUCUUUAAAAGUCUUUGAAUUCUUUAGUGAGUAUUUGAUUAUACGAUUUCCUAGCUAAUAAAAUAAAUUGAUUGAAGCAAGAUUUUCGCAAAUAUCGACGAAAAGGCGCAUUUUAGGAUGUGAUUUGACGGGACUAAUUAUUGGGUAAAAAUGUUGCUUACACUUGCAAUUUUUCGACAGCUGAUUGCUCUCAAAGGUCUUUGAAAAGUCUUUGAAAAUAGGCAGAAAAAAUCUUUGAAAGUCGUUGAAUUUUUUUGGUCUUGGAGACUACGAACCCUGGUGUCUCACAGCGAGUCUCGCAGAGUUCAGCACACCGUUGAAGAUUGCUAUUGAGAACUGGACUCAGUAGCUCAGUGGUCAGCGGCUCAGCGCUGUAAAGCGAUGCACCAUGCAGAUUCGAGUCUUGCCGGAGAGCCUAUAUAGUUGCAUUUCCCCUGCUGCUCCCGAUUAGGUGUUAGAUAUGUAAACUAAAAACAAGUUUUUCGAAAAAGUUUCCAUCUAUACGAAGAUUAAGUGGAGAAUUUUCCAUCUUCUAUUUAGGUUAAUAGAUCGCAACUGCGAGAGUUAGCGUUACUCGAAGCAUACAAAAUUAAAUCAGGCGACAAAAAGGAACCAUAUGUCUGCAUUCACAG